AUGGAGCUCGCCGCGCCGGGCUCGACGGCGGCCGCGGGCUGCGGGGCGGCCGGGCCGUACCACGGCUCGGAGGAACGCGAGGGCCGGGGGCCGGACGGGGCGCGCUCCGACCGCGAGAGGGCGCGCCGCCCGUGGGAAGCCGAGUCCGGCGCGCCGCCGGUCGGGAGGGAGGAAGUGGAGCACAUGAUCCAGAAGAACCAGUGUCUCUUCACCAACACACAGUGUAAGGUCUGCUGCGCCAUGCUGAUCUCCGAGUCCCAGAAGCUGGCACACUACCAGAGCAAAAAACAUGCCAACAAAGUGAAGAGAUACCUAGCAAUCCAUGGAAUGGAGACAUUAAAAGGGGAAACGAAGAGGCUAGACUCAGAUCAGAAGAGCAGCAGAAGCAAAGACAAGAACCAGUGCUGCCCCAUCUGUAACAUGACCUUUUCCUCCCCUGUCGUGGCCCAGUCGCACUACCUGGGGAAGACCCACGCAAAGAACUUAAAGCUGAAGCAGCAAUCCACUAAGGUGGAAGCUCUGUCGAAACGCCUUAUAAAUCCUUUCCUUGUGGCCUCCACCUUAGCCUUGCACCAGAGUAGAGAGAUGAUAGACCCAGACAAGUUCUGCAGCCUCUGCCACGCGACCUUCAACGACCCCGCCAUGGCUCAGCAACACUAUGUGGGCAAGAAACACAGGAAACAGGAGACCAAGCUCAAACUCAUGGCACACUACGGGCGGCUGGCAGACCCUGCCGUCACCGACUUAACAGCCGGGAAAGGCUACCCCUGCAAGACGUGUAAGAUAGUCCUGAACUCCAUCGAGCAGUACCAGGCUCACGUCAGCGGCUUCAAACACAAGAACCAAUCGCCAAAAACAGCCACAUUGCCCUUGGGCCAGAUUCCAGCACAGAAGCAACACAUCUCAAAGGACUCCCAAGACACCCUGGAAGCCUAGAGGUGUUUCUGCCCAGCCUCGGCCUGCCCCCUCCCGUGGGACCACCGGGAGCCAACUUCCUGCCACUGUGGCAGGCCCUGGAAAAUGAGCAGGCAGAGCACAAGGCAGAGCCGGAUGGCAGGGAGUUUCUGAUGGGUCCACUCCUUGGUUUGGGCCCAGGAGGUCACAACAGUAGAGGCCCGGGUGUUGAGAGGAAGGGCUGGGGGCAGCGUGGAGGCUGCUCUUCCCCUGCCCCUCUAAGCCACGUGUCUUGGCCCCCCCCCAACACCUGUCUUUCCUUAAGAGCUGUCCCCACGCACCAGGCCUGGCCUGUGGAGCCUUGAGGUUUGGUGGGGCUGGCAGCAGCCAAGGAGAAGGGCUGUCACGCGUGUUCUUGGAGCUGGCGUGACAUCCACCUGCCCGCCAACACACACCGGCCUUCCUGAGCCUUGGUGGCCUGGUGCAGGUUUCUGCCCCUAAUAGCGGCUUCACCCCUGUGGCCUGUCCCUACAGUCCCUAUGGUGCUAAGAUCUGCAGCAGCCAGGGGGCCGGGGCCGGGAGGGGGGCGGCGAGGAGACAAGUUGGGGAAUAAGCGGGAGCCUCUGCCUGGAAGGUCACAGGGGGCUCCCACAAAGACCCUGCCCUCCUCUCCCAGAAGGGCCAAAACCCAGGCUCCCCUCCUGCCACAUGCCCGCUGGCCCAAGGGUUACCUGCUACCUGUCCACCCUCCUGGGCAGCAGCCUACCGGUCAACUGCUGGGGUUGCUCCUCCACCCCACCAGGAGCCCCAGUGUCAGGGAGCCCCGGGAAGCCUGGGAGCUUGGGGUAGCCUCCCGCUUCCACAGAGAGGAAGCGUGUUCCCCCACCCCAAACCCCAGGUUUCUCUGAUCACCUCUGUGUUACAGCCUGGCACUUGGCUGAACGUGGAGGGUUCCCCCCUCCCCCCCCCCCCCCCCCCGUGGCUUUAGAAUGGGAAUUGCAGGAAAUGCUGUGUGCGAGGCCUCUCCAUUGGGUUAAAGAAGCCCCACCACUGCCGUGGCCGCCUCCACCCGUUGCCCGUCCCCUCCCAGGCCUGUGAGCCACCUGUGUGUGUGCAUGGGUGUGAGUGUGUGUGUAUGUGCGCGUGCGCGUGCAUGCACACUCAGGCUCUGUUUCCUGGUCAAUGAAUGGUCCAAAUAAAGAAUCUUCUGCGAGCCGGCCUGCAGCGCUGCAGACCUGGAGCUUGGGACCCUG